AUGGCGCGCUCACCGAGCCUUAUCGCUCUGCUCUUCGCUCUCAUCAUGGUUUUCGCGACAGUAGAUGCAAACAGCUUGCCAUGGAUGUUGAAGCGCCAAAAUUCUCUCGUCGGUACAGGGGCAAGCACCUCCUCGACAGCCCAGACUUCUUCUGCUGUCGUCGACAGUUCCACGUCGUCGGUCGCUCCCACGACAUCUUCAGCAAUCCCCGAAACGACCUCGUCCGUGCCGCCAACCACGACCAGCGAGCCUCCUUCAACAACGACUACCCCCACAUCAUCGCAGGCUCCUACCACUAGUGAGGCUCCUCCCACGACCGCGGAAACCACUCCUACCAGCGCUCCUACAACCUCUUCAGAAGCUCCAUCUUCAUCUGCCACCUCUGCUAUCGUUGAGACCACUAGCUCUGCUGCUCCCUCUUCUUCCGUCGCGGACAGCUCUUCUGCUAGCCAAACGGCUGCUGGUUCCUCCUCUGCUGCUUCGUCAGAAUCUUCCGCUGCCUCUUCUCGCGCAUCCUCCGGUCAGAGCACAAAGACAACAUCCAGCAAGUCCUCUAAGACGACCUCUUCUGAUAUUGUUGUCAUCGGCUCCGGAUCUGCUGCCAGCACCAUUAACCGCUCGACUGUGAGCAAAGCUACUACCAUCACCAACGCCCUCGUUUCGUCCUCGACUCGUAAAUACACAACCAUUAUCACUACAAUCACUGGUGGUAGCACUCUAACCACUGCUGUUCCAACUGAGGAAGUCAUUGCAUCUACCACUGGUUAUGCAACUGCGACCAUCUCGCCCUCGUUGAACGAUGGCGGUAGCAGCGGAAGUAGUGGCGGCGGUCUGAGCACUUCCACCAAGAGCAUUAUUGGAGGCGUUGUUGGAGGUAUCGGCGGUGCCAUUCUGCUCGGUGGCCUUGCUCUUGUCGCCUGGCGCAUGUGGGGACGCCGCCGUGCAAAGGGCCCGAGAAUGGAUGACGACGAUGUCAUGGGUCCCCAACCGCACGAAAGCCUCAUGACUGAGAAGAAUGAGCCCCCGCUAGCCCGCUACCACGGCGGUGGCGGUCAGAUCAAUACAGCAUCCAACUUCUAG